GUAAAGGCGUGCAGGUGUUGGCCGCGCCCUCUGAGCUGGGAUGAGCUGUGCUCCCAGUGGAAGCAAGGGAGCCCAGCUGGAGCCAUGGCCAGUACAGUGGUAGCAGUUGGACUGACCAUUGCUGCUGCAGGAUUUGCAGGCCGUUACGUUUUGCAAGCCAUGAAGCAUAUGGAGCCUCAAGUAAAACAAGUUUUUCAAAGCCUACCAAAAUCUGCCUUCAGUGCUGGCUAUUAUAGAGGUGGGUUUGAACCCAAAAUGACAAAACGGGAAGCAGCAUUAAUACUAGGUGUAAGCCCUACUGCCAAUAAAGGGAAAAUAAGAGAUGCUCAUCGACGAAUUAUGCUUUUAAAUCAUCCUGACAAAGGAGGAUCUCCUUAUAUAGCAGCCAAAAUCAAUGAAGCUAAAGAUUUACUAGAAGGUCAAGCUAAAAAAUGAAGUAAAUGUAUGAUGAAUUUUAAGUUCAUAUUAGUUUAUGUAUAUGAGUACUAAGUUUUUAUAAUAAAAUGCCUCAGAGCUACAAUUUUAAAAAAUGAUUUAGCACAAGCUAAAUCUCAAAGCCUUGGUAUAAUUUUCUUGUUUAAAUUUGGGGAUUUUAAAUCAGAUUACAGUUUAGAAUAUUUGCAUAUUAUGGGCAAGCACACACCAUCUGAAUAGAAACAUUGUUCAUUACUCAUUUAGCAGAUAAUUUGGGACCUAUGUCUACUUUUCAAGGCAAAGUGAAGAUGACAGUCCUUGCUCUCUUUUAUUUCAUGCAUUAAAAAUAGUAUGAUAAAGA